AUGUCGGUUAGGUCUUUCCAUUUUUCUUUCUUUUAUAUCCUUUUUCUUUUUUUGAUUCGUUCUUUCCUUUUAUAUUUUUUGCUUUCCUCGUUGCGUCUUUCCAUUUUUCUUUCUUUUCUUUCAUUCUUUUUUUUCUUUUUUUUUUCGUUUAUUUCCUUUUUAUAUUUUUGCUUUUUUUCGUUCCUUUUUUUUCUUUUGCGUCUUUCUUUCUUUCUUUCUCUUUCUUUUUUAUAUCCUUUUUCUUUCUUUUUUCUAACCUUUUUCCUUUUUUUCUUUUUUAUAUUUUUUUUUUCCUUCUUUCUUUCUUUUUCUUUCUCAUUUCGUUUUUUUUUUCUUUCUUCUAUCAUUUCUUUCUUUCUUUCUUUCUUUCUUUCUUUUUUUUUUUCUUUCUUCUUUUUAUUUUUUUUUCUUUCUUUCUUUUCUUUUUUUCUUUCCUUCUCUCUUAGAUUUCUUUCUUUCUUUUUUUGUUUGUUCGUCUUUUUUUUUUAUCCUUUUUUUUCCUUUUCUUCAUUCUCUCUUUUUUUCUUUUUUCUUUCUUUCUUUCUUUUGUUCGUCUUUUUACACUUAUUGUCUUUUUUUAUAUUCUUUUUUCUUUUCUUUCUUUCCUUCUUUCUCUUCUUUCUUUUUUUCUUUUUCCUCAUCACUUUGUCUUUGCUUCUCCCCAGUUUUUCUUUCUUUCUUUCUUUCAUUUUCUCUUUCUCUUUCUUUUUCUUUUUUUCUUUGCUUUUUUUUUGUAACACUUUCUUUCUUUCUUUCUUUCUUUCUUUCUUUUUUCUUUCUUUCUUUUUCUUAUUUUCUUUCUUUCUUUCUUCGUCUUUUUACAAUUGGCAUUGCUUUAAUUUUUUCUUUUUUUCCUUCUCUCUUUUUUUCUUUCUUUCUUUCUUUCGUUUCGUUUUUUUUAUUUCUUUAAUUCUUUUCUCUUCUUUCUUUCUUUCUCUCUUUCUUUCUUUCUUUCUUUCGUUCUGUCCCAAAACUCGUAUAAAGUUUUUGUCCAUUUGCGUCAUUCUGGCUUUUCUUUCUUUUUUCUUUCUUUCUUUCUUUUUUCUUUUUCUAUUUUUCAUUUUUUUUCCAAUUUCAAUUUCUCUUUUUGUCUCUUUUUUCGUCCAAAUUUUUUUUUUUUUUCCGACUUUUCUUUUUUUGUUUUUCCUUCCAACUAAUAUUGCACUAUUUCCUUCCUUUAAAAGUCUUUUCAAUUUUAAAUCAGCAACAAGAUUUAAAUAUUUUUUUUUCUUUCUUUCUUUUUUCUUUUCUUUCUUUCUUUUUCAAAUUUUUCCACACCUUUUUCUUUCUUUCUUUUUGCUUUUUUUUUCCAUUUUUUUUUUUCUUUUCUUUUUUUUUCUUUUUUUUCUUCUUUUCUAA